AUGUUCUCUAAUUUGGAAAAUGAGGAAGAUUAUUAUACCCCAAAAGACAGGGAUCCCGAUAUGAUUGUGAUGAUGGAACAUGAGGCUAGGCAACGGCACCUAGAUAUGAAUAACAUUCCUUUUGUGAGAAUUCCACCCGUUCUUCAUUCAUUGGAAAAUCAACAUCAAUUGUGUAUAAUAUGUACUGUGGAAGAAAGAACAUACGCCUUUAUACCCUGUGGCCAUAAAAUAAUAUGUGAAGAUUUUCUUAAUCGUUUGGAACCUAAGCGUUGUUCCCUUUGCAAUGACUAUUUCACUGGCUCUUUGAGGAUUUUUUGA